GGCCGGCGGCAGUCGCACGAGGGCGUCCGCACGGGUCGCACGUCGCGUCUGUCCCGCGCUCCGCGAACGAUGCCGAAUGCCGCGGCCCCGAGCACGCGCGCUCGCUUUCUACGCUCCAACGGUACACAAGCGAGCAUCUAACCCGCUAGCUGACAUGUUUACGCCGCCACUGUUUACUAUAAUAUGAAUAAAGUUUUUCUCAGCUGUCGACAUUAACGCGAUCGAGUGAAUGCGCACCGGCUGAAGGAUUGCGAAACUGUACAAGUGAAGUUUAAAAAUACAUUGGCACUAGUGCGAAGUGACGUACAUCGAGAUGUGUGCGUGCAGCAAGUUUUGCGACUUCUGGAAGAACUCAUGCGGAGCAGGCAUGUCCCUAGACGAAGGCAGACAGUCACAGAGGCCGUACAGGUACGGCAUGGUGCUGCUGUGCGCCGGCGCGCUGAUCAACUGGCUGGGGCUGGCGGAGGACUACGCGGAGCCCGUGCGCUACGUGGGCGUGGCCUGCAUCGUGGCAGGAGCGCUGCUCAUCUGCGCUGCCAUGUGCUGCUGGCUGCAGUCGCCCGCGAGGCAGCCACAGACUGACCGCGCGUCACCUGACACACAUCAGAUUGACGAUCCCAUCCACGUAAUAUCGAUGCCGGAUGAGGAAACAAUGCAGCAAAAGCCUCCAGACUACGACACGGUGGCGGGAGCCCCGCCGACGUACGACGACGCUAUCAAGCUGAACCCCGCGCGGCUGCUGCCGGCCACCAGCAGCGGGCGCCACGAGCUGCCGACCGCGCCGCACCUCACGGAUGUGGCCGUCAUCCCCGGCCAGCCCGACGACUCCAUGCCCACCAGCCCACUGGCCGCCAUCGCGCCCGUGCACCGCUCGCAAGUGCCCAAGACGCCGCCGCCGCCCUACAACCCCACGCACGCCAUCAGAUGAAAGCCCGGCUGGACAACUUUGUUACUUUAAAUCGACUGCUGUUUCAUGUGAUGAGACUCGUAUAUAGAAUAGUCCACAUUGUUGAAAUCGCAACAAUGUCAUGGUAUUAUAUUUAUAUUGUACGUACUACAUAUCCUAACAUGAAACUAUUGUUUUAAUUACUAUAAGGUGGUCGAGUAAGAGCGUUGCGUACUUAUGUGAUAAUAGGGAAGUUAUUAUUAGUUACUUAUUUCCUGCUCUGUACAUAAUUAUGAAAUUUUUGUAAAAUAGUGUUUUGUUAAAUAUGUACCUAUAGUUAGAUAAGUGAUAAACUCUUCCAAUAAUUAUUUUAUAAAUUGUGUUCCAAACAGAGCACCUCUGUGGUUCCAAAUAAUUGUAAAGUAGGAUAAGUCAUCGGGCCGGCCGCUGCCGUGCGCCAGGUCGGUCGGGUGACAACACACACCCGUACAUAUCUGUUCAUUAUCAAUAAUAAGUAUACAAGCAGUAGUAGUGUCCUACGUCACUGUGCCAUUAACUCAAAGUCCUCUCAACGUUGUCACUGGUGUAUGUGCACAUCAGUGUUAUCGAAUACAGCUGUUUUCUUAGCGUAGUUUGCUCACGAACCUGUAGUUAUAAGACACACUACGACCAAUCACUGCUGCUAUAACAAACAACCCUUGUAAACAAAUAGAAAUCCGAUUGACAGCUGAACAACACGUGACGAAUUAGAAUUGAUCGUUGUCUGAACAAUGUUGUUAAAAUAUUGAAUUAGAAGUUUUGAUUUGAAAAUCAUUGUUAGCUUGUCGUUGUGAUAAUGCCCGUUAGUAUCAUCAUUUUAGUUGACUACCGCGUUAAUAUUCUUAGUGGAGGUAUUAUUAGUUUCCUGUUCCGAUUUGUCUAUUCUAGUCUUCAAAUUAAAGCAUAUUUACUUAAUGUUCUGUUAGAUCAUCCAGUCAUGCAUAAUAAUUUGUAAUUUGUACAUAUUCUGAUUGCACAACUUAAAUAUUUCGAACAAAGUGACGCUCAUUAUAAGUGCUUUUCAAAACGAAAUAGGAACUAACAUGCGUUGGGCAUGUGCUAGUCAAUAAUGUCCAAUGAACAACUUCUCAAAAUUGUACUGUAUUAGAUUGACGAUUUGGGCAUGUUUAUUGCAGUUGAUUUGAAGUUAAUAAUGCAGUCAAAAUACGAAACCGAACAUAGUAUUGUAAUCGGAUACUAACGAGUUGAUAGUCUAGGGAUAGAUCUUAAUACUCGAGAAUCUUUUCACUAUGGAUCUCGUGGCCUAACAACUUUAGGAAUAUAAUUAGGUACUGCCAUUACCUAAUAGUAAGAUCAUUAAUUGACGUACAUUAACAGCCGUGUGCUUUCGAGUGUUUAAAAAUGGGACCAAUACUGUUUUUUAAAUAAUACUUAAACCGUGUGCUUAUUCUAAUUGAUUCAAAUAGCGCGUGCCUGCAAGUCUUUAUGAGGAAUUUACAAUGCUGAAGUUGUGCAUUUAUUAUUUGUACAUUGUACAAAGUUUUGAAGAUAAGAGUGUAUAUAAAAACAAAAAAUAAAUGUUGUUGAGAGA